AUGGCGCAUUUUACGGCUCUGAACAUUGAGCCCGACGACCAGAGUGAUGACGAGGUCGAUAACACAAGAGAAUUACAAAUAGAAGAGGCCCUUAAACUGUACCAAACCGCUCUCAAACUGCAUUCACAAGGUCCAUCUUCGUAUCCACAGGCUGCAGAAGCAUACGCCAAUCUCUUCAAAUCGGACAUUUUCAAAUAUCCCGAAAGCGUUACUGAGUUUACACGAAUAGAUGAGCAUCCUGAACUCGAACUUGCUGAUACCACCUUUCCACUUGAUCUUGAUCUCGCAGCGGCUGCUGCAGAUGCUAGUUCCUUACCACAAAUAUUAUACCUGGCAUACAAGAAUCAUGGGCAGUUUAUAUUGGAUUGUGUCAAGUCUCGCCUUCGACAGCCCGACCUUCCACCAGAUCAGCUUCUGGAUAACGAUGCGCUUCCCUAUCAGGUCAAGACUGCAUUGGACAAUUUUGCCCUUGCGACGGCUUGGGACGAAUCCGAUACAGACUUAUGGAGGCGCACCGCACGUAUAGCUUCGAUGCUUGGGAGCAGGACGAUAUCUCGGUAUUGCCUUGAGGCCGCUGUAGAAGUCGACGAUGACCCUACAGUGGCGGAGGUAGAACCGGCCUCUUUGGAAGAAGGCUUCGCAGGAGAACAACUAAAAGAGCUUCUGGAAGUCAUCUCGGACGAGGUUGCUUUAUCUCACCCUAUAAUGGCCCCGUUCCUGAAGAAGUCCAUGCCAGAGUUCCUAAAAAAGCAUAUGGAUCCCUAUCCACUUCUUCCCGAUACCGUCAAACUUCUCGGCCACAAGGAACCCUACGGUGAACCCAUCGAAACUGUGCAAGUGAGGACAGCGAUCAAAGUCCAGAGCUUGAGCUGGGCAUCUCUGGGCGAGGCGCUUGUUGCGGUGAUACUCUCUCAAGAAGUCUCUGGUGCCGGAAUUGUCCUUCAUUUUCCGGAAACAGCGGGAAAUGCAGAUCAAGGAAACAUACCAACUAUGACCUCAGCUGAAGACCAGACCAUGAUCGACACUAAUGUGACAGACUUGCCACUCGCUGAAAGCUCCGAACCUGCUAUCGCUACUCCUGUUACGGCAAAAUCUGAUGAUCAGUCUGCUGAAACUGCGACAACCACAACCAUACCGCUAAAUGAUGGUCGAGCGCGUUCACAGAGUAUCGCUUUUCCAAGGAAGCGGUCUCAAUCUGCAGCUGGUAUUCGUGAUACUCCCGAGGACGAUAGUGGAAUGCAAAAAAGAAGCAAGCGUAUUCGGGAUCGUGAUACUACUUCGGAGGUUGAUCCUGCCACCCAAUACGCUGAACAGCUCAAGACUUCUGUCCGAGCUGACGAAGAUUUAUUUUCAUUUGUUCACGGUCUACUCAGUAAACUUGGUGUUGAUGACCUGGGAACCUUUCCAGAGCUACAAGCAGGGUUGUCUAGCCAGCGAGAGUCCGACUCUACUGACAACAUUUCAAAUACCGCGGUAAGAGACUUAUGGGAUAUAUUAAGGACUUGGGACGACAAUAAGGCAUCGAUUUUCCAAAACGCGAAUGCGGCAGAGGUCCUUGGAUCGUCAGCAGGUGGCGCAAAUGCUGGCCUAGCCGCAUUCCUUGAGCAUUCGAAAUCUGGGCCCCCGAAGAUCAACGCCAAGCCAAUUUUUGAUGUAUCUGAGGGUCUUGCUUCAUUUUCGCGAAGAGUUGAAACUGGCUGGAUGCCGCUCCAGGACGUCAUCUUCGAGUGGCUUCGCGUUGUUCUCCCAACUUAUCGACAAAGCUCAUGGCCCGAAGACCUGAAAGUCGCCGUGGCUCGCGUCAUUAGCUUUGCCGAUCCAGACAUUUUCAGUCGGAUACAGUCAGAAGUUGAGCGUAUUAAAACCCAAGAUAUCAAUGGCGAUGACCUGCAAUUUUUUGAGGACAUGACACAAACGCUCUUUGAGCUUCAUUUGGACAUCUAUUCCAGGAUCACUAAUCCGAGUAGCAUUGUUCAUUACGAGACGCGGAUUACAACCAAAGAGCGACUGGACAGGUGGGCAGAAUUUGCCGCCUACGUUAUCCCAUCGCGCGCUUCCAACUAUGAGGAUGAGCUUUCCUUGAGGUAUAUUUGGGCUUCUGUCUUUUAUGCUACCAUGGCAGAGGAUGUUUCUCGCGACCACAAAGUCCUCUGCUGGUCUGAUCUUCAAAGGCUCCUUGUUGAAGUCGGAAAGCCAAUUAUUGAGCUGCAGAACAACGCUGUCAUGCCCGAGAUUUCUGCAAGCGCGGCAGAGCGGGAGGUUUCUAGACUCACGACAAUGGAUUUCUUUUACAACUUAUUUCAGACAGAUACAUCAAAUCCAGCCGCUAUCAUUGAAACGUUGGAGCCGGUGUUAGAUCCCGAAUCAGCUUGUGAGGCAGCUGAUCCUGAAAAUGGUGAAAAUGCCUCAACACCCGAAGCUGCGGACAGUACCCCGGCAGCCUUGCGCGAUAUGUGGAAGUUCUUGAAGACAGGUAGCAUAUCCUUGCGCCUCUUCUUAUGGCAGCGACUCAGAGAAGCGUAUUUCAGCAUUGGAUAUAACACCAAGGUUUUCUCCUGUUACUUGAAGAGCAUUGAGAUUAUCGUCAAGGACCUGCGAAGCGAAGAGUAUGUCAAAUCUGCAGAUGAGCCGCGCCAACACCAAAUGCUGUUAUGGCUGAAGGCUGUGGACGAUUUGCUUGUUAAAUCUCUUACCAUUGCCCUCAAUGAUGCGUCUACAUGUUUCGAGAUCAUUGACGAACGUCACAUCAAGUCGACUUGUGCUGCUCUCGCACAAUUGAACCGAGUACUUCAUUCCGCAGCAAUUUUUGAUGACGAGAUUAGAGUUGGGAUGACCCAUCUACCUCAAACGCCUGCUUAUGCACCGCAUGGUUCGUUCAACAGCUUCAUGAACAAACUCAGAGAAAUGCAAGUGCGUACAUGGGCUUUGCAAUACUCGAUGGUGAAGGAAGCAAUGUCACAGAACCGUGAGCUCUUCCCAACUCCGGAUAAUGAUCUUGCAGACUUCUUGGCUCUCGUUCACUAUCCGCUGGGAUUGCGAAAAUUCUGCAAGGCUUCCAAUAAGAUCUUCUUGAAAAUGAUGAAGGUCGAAAUGAUACGACUGAAGCAGGUUGACAGAUGGGAGGAUUAUCUCGGCCAGGUGCUGUACGAUCUUUACGGUAUACGAUUGGGUGUUGGUACAUACUUGCUGGAAGAGCAUGGCUGUCCAACGGAGACCCUCGAUCGACGUACCGUCCUGAAUAUUGCGGAGCAAGUCAUCGUCUUGGCGAAUAGAAUGUCGAUGAAAGAUCUUCUUAAACAUGACUUACGUACUACGAUUGAGCGAAUGCAGACAGCCAUAGGCCCAGCCAAACCAACACCACAGAUGACACACAACCUUCGAAACCUUACAGAAUACCUCAAAACAUCCAUCCGUCCUCUCCGGAUGUAUCAAGCUUUGAAAGGCCAGGUUGAGAUCGAUUCGGUACCUGUGGUAACACCUGAUAGUUGUCUUGCGGAGAAGGGCUGGUAUUUCCUACAGGGUAUGAUUGCGUUGACAAAGUUUCGGUCACAAAAGAGACUUGGUCCAGGUGGCCAGACAGAUGAUAUGCGAGUGAGCGCAACAUUCAUGAGACUACAACUUCAAUAUACUGCUGAGCAUUGGGAGGCGUGGUAUCGACUCGCACAGUGUUUUGAUUUCGAACUUGAAGACGAGGUGAUGUGGAGCGCAGACAAGAUCAACAAUCAUCGUGCAGACCUGGUGCGGCUGCAAAGAGGGUCCAUUCAUUGCUAUAUAAUGGCAUUGUCGAGUGCUAUCCGAACAGCCGAUGAUUCCUUCGAGACCGCUGCCAAAUUAUCCGAGAUGUAUUACGAUUUUGGAGUGCGCCUCUAUGCUUCUUCACGGGAACCUUUUGGGAUGGAAGCAUUCUGGGUUGAUGGGUUUGAGAAACAUUUCAGUGGAACCCAAGGCAUGUACAAGAAAGCACUUCAUGAAGAGAUGACUCGCUACAAACUCUGGAAGUAUGCUGCUGGUCUUUUCAGGAAAGCUAUGGUGGACAAGCCUAAUUCUUGGAUGAACCAUUUCAUGCUUGGUAAAUGCCUUUGGAAGAUGUACUGCAAACCCGCCGACGAGUUGGAUGAAAAGGAUCGUGCCAACAGACCAACAAUGCAAUCUGUCCUGGAUGCCUUUGUAAAGGCCAUCAAGACAGCACCAAAGCAGAAGGACAAUCGUCAGGAACCUGUUCUUGAACCUCACUACAAACUUGUGUCAAUUGUCCAUAAGCUGGUUAUGAAAGGUGAUAUUCAACCUCAGGCUGGCGCUGACCUCUUACAAGAACAGCCAUAUAAGAUUCGCAAGGGUGAGCAUAUUGCCAUUGCAGAUCUUGAAGGGUGGGAAUCGUUCAUCUUGGAAUGUCUCCGACAUCUUCGAAAUGCCGAUAAGCAACACUGGCACCAUCGAAUGAUCGCUCGAGCAGCAAGUAUCUUGUAUGACGAUACCAAGCCUGAAUACGUCCAGGCGCUAGCUGCUCGUUCCGAAUUUCGUGAAUCUAUAUUCACAAAGACAAUGCAUAUUCAAGUCUGGAAGCCGGAGGCCGAGCGACCGGGCAGACACUGUGUAUAUAUGGAGCGAUAUGUACGGUUCAUGAUCAAGUUACUCUGGGUUAUCAACGACAAAUCCAAUAUGGAGGCACUUGUCAAGCGGGUACGAAAAAAAGCAAACGAGUUCUUCCGUUUCUCUCAGGUCUGGACCGAGUGCUGCACAGUCUAUCUGCGCCUGAUCCGUCGCGCCGCCCAAAUCCCUGUCAGCAUGGAUGAAGUCUUUAAGAAUGUGGCCCACGAAGAAUUUGAGGUCUUCUCCGAACGCCUGGCGCAAUGGGCCAAUGAUCCUGAAGUUUCUCACCCUGCACUCGACGCCCUGCGCGAAACCCUGGAACUGAAAAAGGUAAACGCGAAUCAAAUGAAAUCUACCCCUAUCGACGACGUUAUCAACGAUAUUUGGGGCGUGCUUUACACACAGGUCGCUCCGGGCCUCCCCGGUCCUGAUGCUUCGUCUACGCAGCAGCAAGCGCAACAUGAUGGAGCUUACGAUACUCCAAGGACACUUGGUCCCACGACCAUUACAAAUCUGGUGAUGAAUAUGGACGGUACUCAAAUCCCGGUUCCUGUCACAUUUGCCAGCUCCUCCGAAACCUCUCGACCCCGAAAAGUUGGUGUCUCUCGUCGUGAGGUGCUGCGCAAAGCAGAGUCGGCCAUCAAUCGUGCUCCUGAUCCCCUCAGACCUAUAGCACCGUCGACUGCCAAAUCUAGAAUUUCGGAAUCAAACUCGGCGGCUUCAGGCCCUAAUGACCCUGGCGCUCGUGGUUCUUCCAAUCCCAGGGUUGAGAACCCAGCGUUGCAAAACGUUAAGGAUGAAGAGAACUUGGAGACUAGCAAAGGGGAAAGUGAGCAAUCGGCCCCGGGUAGUCUCCAUGACAGCGCGGAUGACGAGAGUGACUUGAGUGACGUGCCGGAUAUGGAUGAUGCGGAGACUGGAAUGAUGUUCCCAGGGCUGGCGAGGAGGAGUGGUCCAAGAGAGAGUAAUGGCGGGGAUGGGGAAGCGGAGGUAGCAAACGAGUCCACUAAAGAAACAGGUGCGGAUCCUAAUAAUGUAUGA